AUGUCAAGAAAUCUCAAUAACAAUUCAGUUAACAAUGCUUUUGGUAAAGAACCUUCUGUGGGAAGCCCACCAAGAAAUACCAAUGACAUAAGGACAAUAAUGUUGCAACACUCACAGGGAACAGUGAGCAAUCAAAUACUACUAGCACCAAAGAGAGCUCGGUUGAAUCUUGAAGGUGAUUUGUUGUGUAGAACUCAUAACAUCCAUGAUGUGUACAAGAAACUUGAUACUAUGAAUGGUGUCUUAAACACUGUUUUGAAGAACACAUCUUCUGAGAAAGCCGAAGCCACUGCUAGUAAUGCAGUUGAGCAAGACAUGUUGCCUGGACGUCAACCAACAUUGGAUCAAUUGUUGCGCGAUUAUUUGAGUGAAGAGAAAUUGUAUGACCAAUACAAUACCAAUGAAAAUAAAAACAGCGAGGGAAACAGACUCAUUCUGAAGUCUGUUACCGAUUACCUUUGUCGUCAAGAAGAGGGGAAAAAGCAACGUGUAAAGUUGUGUGAAAGAAUACAAUCUGCCUUGAAAGCCAAUUGGGCACACUUUGUGAACAGCUUUGGAGAGAAUGUUGACAGUAUUCUCCAUGCUGAUUACAUGUCAGACCUUGAGAGUGAUGACGAAAGAGAAGAAGAGGAACAGGAUUCAUCCUCAGAAAAGAGUUUUUUUUGGAGAUUCUGCCCAAGCUGGAGAAGCAAAGAGGGAGAUAGGUUUGUUGAUGAACUUGAUGUGGAUUAUGAGGCAGCUCAUGAUAAGAAAAAUAAUAUCCAUCCAUUCAAGCAUAAAUUUAAAGGAAUAAGAGAUAAGCAGCUUAGUAAGACCAAGGCAAACAAGCUGCCAUCAUGGUCAAAGAAACAAUAA